UUCACCCACGAAGUUUGCGUGAGGAGCUCCCCUAAAGUGCAAGGAACUGUCGUCAGCUAAUGGGUUCUGCGCUUAGGAAAACGCGUUAGUAACACUGCUGAUUAUACAAGGUUGUCGGGAUGUCGGAGGAGACGAGUCCUCAGGAUGGUAAUGGCAAGGUUUGUCGGGUCAUUCGGAUUGGAACUCGGAAGAGUCAGCUGGCUCGUAUUCAGACGGACAGUGUUGCUGAAAAGCUGAAAAAUCUGUACCCUGAAGUCCAGUUGGAAAUAGUUGGCAUGUCAACGACAGGAGACAAAAUCCUUGACACAGCUUUAUCAAAGAUUGGAGAGAAGAGUUUGUUUACCAAAGAACUGGAGAAUGCUCUAGAGAGGAACGAGGUUGACCUGGUGGUCCACUCUCUGAAAGACCUGCCCACCACUCUGCCUCCAGGAUUCACCAUUGGGGCUGUGCUUAAGAGAGAGAACCCCCAUGAUGCAGUUGUCCUGCACCCCAAAAACAUGGGAAAAACUCUCGACACACUACCAGAAAAUAGUGUGAUAGGCACGAGUUCACUUCGACGGGCUGCUCAGCUGAAAAAGAGAUUUCCCCACUUACAGUUCAAAGACAUCCGUGGGAACCUGAACACACGGCUGAAGAAAUUAGAUGAGAAGGAGGAUUUCUCUGCCAUCAUCCUGGCUGCCGCUGGACUCAAGAGAAUGGGCUGGGAGAAUCGCAUCAACCAGAUCCUGGGACCCGAGGACUGUAUGUAUGCUGUCGGACAGGGGGCUCUGGCUGUGGAGGUUCGGGUCAGGGACAUAGACAUCCUGGAGAUGGUGUCCGUGCUUCAUGACCCUGACACUGUGCUGCGCUGCAUAGCUGAAAGAGCCUUCCUUAGACACCUGGAAGGGGGAUGCAGUGUUCCAGUUGCGGUACACACUGAAGUCAAAGACUCCCAGCUCUACCUGACAGGUGCAGUGUACAGUUUGGAUGGCUCAGACAGUCUAAAAGAGACCAUGCAGACCAGCAUCAUAGCUGUCAACGAGGUCCCAGAGGAGGUAGAUGAACGGGUCCAGCAUGUGGGCGUUACUGCUAGCAAGAUUGCUGCCUCAGCCCAGGACGGUGUUGAGAAGCUGGGAAUAGAUCUGGCCAGUCUAUUGCUGAGCAAAGGAGCCAAGGAGAUCCUGACUGUGGCGAGGCAGUUGAAUGAUGCCAGAUAACUAAGAUCAGGAGCAGGUCUUUAGAGAUGGAGACCUAAAGCAGUGGUUCUGAAUCCGGCCCUCGAGUACCACCAGUACAACUGGUUUUCUGACCAGGUAGUUCAUUACAUUGAUAUGAUGUGUCAUGUACUGCAGCCCCCAAUCAGAGAGGUUUUAGACCUGAAACAAAAGUGAAUAUAUUUUACUACCUGGCAGAGUAGAAAAAAAUAGAAAAACUGCAGUACUAGUGGAACCUGAGGACCAGAUUGAGAAUUGACCUAGAGUGUUAUCAAUCCCAGACAUGUCAUACUACUUGAAAUACUUUUCUUUUCUUUUUUUUACUUUUGAUUGUUUGCGUGAGCCUUUUCAAAGUGCCAUUUCAGUGAGGAUCAGGUUUCUUUUUGUCAUCUUGGGUCAUGUAAGGUUGCUCAAAGGCAGACAAUGAAUUGAUAAGGGAUCUCAAAUACUUUGACCAAAGUCAUGUUCAGCAUGGAUCAACUUGGAAGGCAUGUUGUGAAAUGUUUCUUGUAAAAAUAUAUACUUCAUCUUAUCAGAAAAUGAACCCUCACAGUCAGCUUGUUCCCAGCAUUUUCUGCAGUCUUUUAUGUAGACUAAACAUUGGCUCGUCUGUAGCCCAUCCUUGGAUACAGUGGAAUCUAACAUAACAUUGAUGAAUCUAUGAGGGCUUUACAAAUAGCUUACAGAUGGGGACAUCUGGGUAGUGAAGCGGUCUAUUCUGUUGCCUACCAACACGGGGAUCGCCGGUUCGAAUCCCCAUGUUACCCCCGGCUUGGUCGGGCGUCCCUACAGACACAAUUGGCCGUAUCUGCGGGUGGGAAGCCAGAUGUGGGUAUGUGUCCUGGUCGCUGCACUAGCACCUCCUCUGGUCAGUUGGAGCACCUGUUCGGGGGGGAGGGGGAAUUGGGGGGAAUAGCGUUAUCCUCCCACACGCUAUGUCCCCCUGGCGACACUCCUCACUGUCAGGUGAAAAGAAGCAUCUCGCGACUGACUCCACAUGUAUCGGAGGAGACAUGUAGUACUCUGCAGCCCUCCUGGGAUCGGCAGAAGGGGUGGAGCAAUGACUGGGACGGCUCGAAAAGAGUGGGGUA